GAGAACACGCCCAGCAACGAAACACUGCCCAGCCGCCGCCAUGUCGGGUGUAAAGGCUGCCUCUUUAGCAGGCGUGAAGAGGAAGAGAAAACCGGGCGAGCCAGAGCGCCGCGCAACCAAGUCGAAACCCCGCCCAAAGCCCUCUAGCGACGAGGAUGAAGACCCCCAGGAGGAGAUUCUGCGCCUCGAAACACAGGUUGCAGAGUCGCGAAAGCACUACAACAACAUUGCUACCCUUUUGAAGCUUGCGAAAGCCCCCGAACCCGACAAUGAAGCAUGCGUCCUUGCAGCCGUCGCCCUGUGUCGAGUCUUCACACGGUUCCUGUCCACCGGGGACAUGGUCAAGAACAAGAGGAUGACCGAGGCUGAGACCAUGAUUGUGACGUGGCUGAAGCAGAGAUAUCAGGAAUACAUAGAGGUGCUGCUCAGCGACUUUCUCGGCAGCGAGCACCCGCCCAAGCAGUCGGUAGCGUUGACCCUACUGUUGCGACUGGUCAAGGAAGAAUCGAAAGCGCAGAAAGACUUCAAUAUCCAAAAUAGCCCGUUGAAACGGACUGUGGAGGCGCUUUUGUUGCUACCAGAAGAUGAUGGUUCCAGGGACGAGUUUGCGGAGAAGUUCUUUGGCACCUACGACGACGUUCGAUACUCUACCUUCCGGUCGAUCAAGUCUCUACUCCAAUCCGAACUCGACGACGCAGAAAAGGAACGUGUAGCGCGCAACAGCUUGUCGCUUCUUCUCAGCCUUGAAGCCGUUCCAUCUUCGAAAGACGACAUCCAGAACCUAUAUACCGAAGUCCAGGGAAAGAGCCCCGUUCCCUCACUGAGUUCAUACAAGUCGCAAGCGCAAGAAGCCUGGCUGGCAACAUUGCGAUCGGGCAUCACAAAAGAGCAGCGCAAGUCCGUUCUAGGUGUCUUCUCGCACCAGAUCGCGCCGUGGUUUGCGCAGCCUGAAAUGCUCAUGGACUUCCUGACAGACUCUUACGACGUUGGCGGUGCUACCUCUCUUCUCGCGCUCUCUGGACUGUACUAUCUCAUUUCCGAGAAGAACCUCGACUACCCCUCCUUCUACCAAAAGCUAUACUCGUUACUGGAUGACGGCCUGCUGCACUCAAAACAUCGAUCGCGCUUCUUCAGACUACUGGAUACUUUCAUGUCCUCUUCACAUUUGCCCGCGACAUUGGUGGCAAGUUUUAUUAAAAGGCUCUCACGGUUAGCGUUGUACGCACCACCGGCUGGAAUUGUCGUUGUCAUCCCAUGGGUAUACAACAUGUUCAAGCGCCAUCCCGCGUGCACCUUCAUGAUGCAUCGCGAGAUACGAGACCCUGCUCGAAAGCAGGAAGUUGAGGAGGAAGGCAUGGAUGAUCCAUUCGAUAUGGAAGAGCGGGACCCGCUGCUUACAGACGCCAUCGAGAGUAGCGUUUGGGAAUUAGAGACGCUACAGUCGCACUAUCACCCUAACGUUGCGACACUAGCGAAGAUUAUUGCGGAGCAAUUCACGAAGCGGUCGUACAACCUGGAAGACUUCCUAGAUCACUCAUACUCCGCGCUCCUUGACAAUGAGCUCAACAGAGAGCUAAAGAAGGACCCUGAAGUUGAGUUUGAAAUUCCGAAGCGCAUAGUCACUGCUGAUGAGGGUUUGAAUCCUCUCGGCAGCCUUUUGACUCUUGUAUCCGACACUAGAUAGGCAAGGACACUAAAUGUGAUUUGUUGCUCGAUGCC